GUUCGAACUACCGUCGCAUCUUGGUCGUAUCGUUGGCUUUGCGAGUUAGCACACAUCGUUCAGAACAACUGGUCGUUCACGCUGGACGUUACAAACCACCAUGUCCUCCCACUACUACGAGGUCGCGCUCUUCGGAGAGUUCUACCCUCAGGAUCUCUCAGCUGUUAUGAACCGCAUCACGCUCCAUAGCGAGUCUGCACACCCCAUGCAUGCUCGAGAGAUUGUCUUCGAGCAGAUGCGUUUCACGAACGACCCACCGGCUCACCGAGAUCAAGGACAGGAGCCUCCGUUGCUCAGAGCUCGCAAGGACUUGCUUGAGCAGGAUGCAAAAUGGAUUCUGUAUUCGUACUUGAAGCCAGAGUCGUCCCGUGUGCACCCUGAGGCCACGGUGCGCCCUUGGGCUAUUUGUCAAGUGGUCGGCAACGCUCUUCAUUUCGCGUCCGCUCUCGGAUACGUGCGUCGCUCGCAGAUAUUCAAGCGCGGAUACGUCUUCCGGCGAGGUCCCCUCCUCAUUCAGAUGUUCCAACAAGAACAGGUCGAUCCGAAGACGCAGAAGCCCAUUCCCGCACACCCGGAUGCCCUAUGGGAGGUCGAGGUCCGGACGGCAGCACCAGUGCGCAACAGUCAAGAAACGCCGCUCAGUAGAUAUAUAGAGGCUGUCCUAGAGAUCCAGCUUCUCAUGAAGGGUCUCCUCGAUCUCCGGCGCAAAGACGUUUGAAGAGUCAAUUGCCGCUGCCGAA